GAACCACAGAAGGAAAGCAACCGCUAUCUGAUAGCAAAGAGACUUAGUACGAGUACGCUAUACAGAACAGAAUACAGCAUACACAAAUUCUCUCUCUCUUGUCCUGUCCUGGAGUACACAGACUAGCAGUCAGCAACUUUGGUGUUUCUUAGUUCAAGGAUGGCUGACUCAUCCGAUCGAUUUCCUCUGCAGACGUUUCUGUAAAGAGAAGUGGAUGGCUUCAACCGUUUCGCCUUCUGCCGCUGGUUCACAGGAUGAGGGCAAAGAAGCUAACAACAGGAGAGGAGGACGGGGUGAUGAUGGUGUUGAAGGGAGCGAAACAUAUUUCUAGUUCAAUCUCCGCCGAUGGCCAAUUAAAGGCAUCGGCCCAAACUUCCUUACAUAAUUGGAGAUCUCUGGACAGUAGAACUGGUGUUUCUGCUGACAGUGUCAACUCUGCAGCCAGGAACCAUACACUGGACAAUAAACAUUCAAAUUCUCAUCAACAAGAGAGAAAAGUUAUAUGUGGAAAGUCAAAUUUUCUAAGUCGGUUUAUAGAAUUUCGAAUAAACGACAAAUUGUGUAAGAAGAUGACGUCAGGUGCCGAAAAUGAUAAUGAGGAGUCUGGGAGUGUGGGAAUUGGAAACCUAUCUGUUUUGGUGGAUGACUCAGUUAGUGAGAGCCACGCUGCUAUCGAUCUUUUUGCUGAUGGUAUAGACUCAACGGAGUCAGAGAUAUCACCCCAUCAGUUAGAUAACGAUUCCAUGGAGAUAAAAGGGAAGUUAUCUGGUUCAAAUAUGACGAACGUAGAUAAUGACUGGAUGGUACAGAGUGAAGAUUUUUCAUUAAAACAGUUUGAAGUGAACACUGAUAGGAACACAGUGAUUGGCGACCCUGUUACGAACGUUCAUUACAAAAUUCCUGCAAUUCGUAGAGUGGAGGAAUUAAGGAUACGCAUUGAAGGCAAUGUAGAGAACAGGAAUUAUGGAAAGGAGCGUAAGAAUGUUCACUCCAAAGUAAAGAACUGCAGAAACGAAGGCCCUGUGAAAAAAAUUGCUACCGAGUCGCAAGAAGAUGGCCCCAAAUUAGAGAGUAAACGGGGUAGUUCGAAUACAAAGGAAAGUCCUCGGAAAGUAAGUUUCAAAGUGCGCAGCAGUUCUAAUAACGGGAGGUUAUCUUCAUCGUGCAUGUCGUCAUCAGGAUCUAGGCGCUCCUCGACGCUGAAUAAGGGACUACUUGCAGACGCGAGGACUCCUAACUUGUCCAGCAAGGUGGCCGCUCUAGCUUCCAAGUUUAAUGCGAUAAUUCUUGAAAAUAAAGAACAGCGAAGCGUUGAGAUUGUCCAAAAUGAUUCCAAGAAGAAGCUCUUGGUGAUUCCCCAACUCGGAGCAGGGUCGAUAACUACUGCAUCCAAGAAACAACCACCAACAGAAAAAAUGGCAGUCUGCAGAAGAAACAGCAGUAAUUCAAAACGAGAGAGUUCGUUAUCAAACCAUGGGAAUAAUGCAAAGGUUGCAUCUUUGGGUGUUGCACUUAGAAAACAUUCGUCGGCCAGGCAACCUGUACUGGAAACAGACAAUAGUCAGAAGCCUUCUAAUAACAGCAAUACGAAGGAGUGCAAACGAAGGAUCAACGUGCCAUACCGACCAUUAGCUGUUGGAUCAAAAAGUGGCAGCGUAAAAGCUGCAAUUCAGAUAUUCGAAGAGAACGCUACGGCGUCUCCGUCGGCAAAAAAUAGUGCAGUGGUUUCAGCAGGAAAGAAAAUCAUUGUAAGGGACUGUAGCGUAGAUGCGUCAAAACAGUCACCAGAGAGUGCUGACGCUAGGAAAGAACCGAAAUAUCCUAGAGUUAUAUUUAAACGGGAUACCACUUUAGUGCGCGUGUCUCUAGACUGCGAAGACGUAUGCAAUGGGGGCCGAACUCCCAAAGAGGUUGAAGACAGUAUCAGUACCCAAACCAAUCACUGCCAAACGUUAACAUCGGAAUUACCACGUGGUAAUUGUGAAGAAGGAAAAGAAAAUGUUUGUGUGAAACACAAUAUUCAGGGUAAAAGUAAUCAAAAUGUUACAGUGGUUACAGUUAAGGGAAGUUCGGGACAGAACGAAAAGGAACAGAAACAAACAAAAAGCAAACCUGCAGUGCCGGUCAAGAAAGUGACAGGAGAACAAAUUCGUAAAAGUGUACCUUUUUCUAAAAAGAGCAGUAAGGAUUCUAGUUAUGCGAAGGUAAUAUCCAGUUCGGAGAAUAUUUAUAGAACUGUAAGCAACGUCCUUGUGGCCGAAAAUACUUCCGCUCGAUAUGAUAAACUUGCAUUUCCACAGAGAACACCAGCAUUAUCAGAAUCCUCAAUAAAUAAGAUUUCCACGAUACAGGAAACUGAGAACUCGCAACAAACAGACAGAGAAUUAAUGGCCCCGAAUAGAUCUUUCCUGUGGGGAGCAUCACCACCAGGCACCAGCACUCGAACACAAGAUGACCAGUCCACCGUACCUGUACCAGAAAACAAAGACUCUGGAUCUGCAAGUCCGGAGGGUUCUGUGCAUGAAACAAAUGACAAUACUGAUUAUAUAUAUGAUGAUGUUUAUCCGCCGUUUGCUGUUUCUAAUGAAACUUCUUCCAUACAUCCGUAUUCUAUGGUUGACUCACAAGAUGAUGACGUGUACGAUGACGUAGGUCCUCCCGUCAAUGAAGAGAAACAGUCUCCAAGGAUCCCUCAAGUUACAGUUUCAGUCAGUAACUGUGCCGACGGCGAUGGAACAGAGAGUGGUUAUGACUACUGCCACGGUUCCACGGAUCCUUCAUUGGACCAGAACUAUGAUGAUUGUGACGGUGAGGGUUACCAGUGUAUCGGUGAGGAUAAUUCCCACGAGGAUGCAGAAUCCAACAUAUACGACGACGUCAAAUCAGUGACGACGCUAAGGAUGUCGGACGACGUGGCGUCUGUGAGCAAUUGCUAUGAGUCCAUCUACUCCGGUUCAGAUGGUCACAUGGCAACUGAUGGCAGGACGACCAUAGACUGCAGUGCCAUGACAGCCGGCGGAUCAUCACCUUCCAGCAGUAUCGGCAAUCACAGUUUCUGUGAUCAGAGCAACAGCUUGUAUGGUGUUGGUGGGUCGAGGUUCGAUUCAGCAUCAGUGUCGCAAGCUUCAACAGUGUCUGCUGAAGACGGUGCCCAUGAGGUCCUGUCGUAUCAGCUAACGUGUAUGGGGUCUGGACAACCAAGAAGCGAGACGAGUGACGAGUGGGUGGACGUCGAAAUGACUGACUCUGAGGGCGAAGGAAGUGAAGAGGUCGUAGCUGCAUGCCAGGGACGGCCUAGAAGCAGGAGAAGUCCAAGGCGGUCACGAAAAAUGAGGAAGCAGUGGUCAAAAUCUGCCCAGAAAGCUACUGGAAACCUAGUCGAUGUCUACGUGUCCUCUUCCUCUGUAUUAUAUUUGGGAGCCCCUGAUCCCCCUGCUCACAAGCCUUCAGUCACUCCCCAUCAACGCUGUAGUGGAUCUGCAGGUUUGGUCUCUUUACGAGCAAUUCUCUACAUUGGAGAUGCUCAUGAGAGCCAAGAGAUGACCUUUUUCCUGGAAAAGGAAGGAGGAGAUCACAGUUCUGACUCGGAUGCAGAUCAUCAUUAUGAAAUGCUGUGUGAAGUUGUAGGGGACAGUAAGAUUGAUGCAGUGCCUUAUGAUGACUUUGACUCCUUUGACUCUGAUGUGUCUGAUGAAACAUACAUCAAACCAUCACAUCAGGCAGGCUGUGACAUUGCUAAUGGACGACUGCCGGAACCACCACCUGGACAGAACAUCUAUGGCAUUAGUAAGAUUGCUGAGGCUGCAGGAAAGAAGAUGCUCAAACUGGGCAAGAGCCUUCGCAAGAUCAGAACUAAGCGAAACAGUAACACAGCAGCAGAAGUUCAGCGUAAAGCUUGUCCACCACUUCCCACCACACCAAGACCACCGCCUCCCUCCCCUCCCGCAUCUCUUCCAUCACCACCAGCCCCUCCCCCACGAAUAUCAGAGAAGUCUGUAUCAUCAGGGAAUCUAGCAGGACGCAAAUAUUGGUCGUUACGCAAAUUCAGGCGAAGUGUAUCUGCCUCAGAUCAGACACCACCCACAUCACCAUCUAGUGGCCCAAAGAAGGAAACUGCCACGUUCUACCUCACCCAGGCGCUUGAUGCUGACACAGGCAAUGUCGAGGGAACUGUCGAUAGGAAAUCUGAUGUUGCUGACAUUUACAUAGAAAAUGACGAUAUUGCAACUAGUCCUUCAAGUGUGGGGAGCAGCAAGACAGUUGUGUAUGAGAGCGGUGUAGAGGCAAACUACAGCUCAGAGGGGUUACAGAAGACCCUCAUGAACUUUGCUGAUAGCAAGAAACAGAGACCGAAAUCUGCUCCUGAGAGAAGGAAUAGUGGCAGCGUACGUCCCAAUUCGCCUCCUCCUCUUCCUCCCCAGAGUUCAGGCUCCUCAGAUAAUCCAAAGAAACCUCCACGUAAGGAGAAAAGAAGUUCAGGUAACACGUCCUGGUAUGCGGAAUGUGGACUGUUUGACCAGAGAGACGUUCAGAAUAUUGGAAUUAUAGAUGCACAAAAGAGAAAUAUAAGAAAGCAAGACCGACCAGUAUCAAAUUCUUGGUAUGCUGAAGUUGGUCUUUGGGAUACAAGUACUUCAAGUCCAAAUGACAGCUCUCUCUCUGAGCAAGAUGCACGAAGCCAGCACACUGAUUUCAGUGGAGGAGAUUCACCAUUGACAGCAGGCAGCCCAGAGAACAGUGGUGUAGUUGAAAGGCGGUUUGCUGAUGAACCUUUAUAUCAAUUCUACACUGCAGGUGUGGUAGAGAGAGAUAUGCGAAGUGAACUGGACUCUGAUGGCUAUGAAGAAAUUGGUGAUGGUUCUCAGAAAGUGAGAUAUUCACGGCCUACUGCCAUGGAAUUGAUUCAGCCUCGCGAAGGUCAACAUCGCACACUUUGGUGCGAGAUUCCAGAAGUUGUCAGCAGCCGUGUUUUAAGUACACUGAGCACACAUCAGAAGAAAUUACAAGAAGCAAAGUUUGAAAUUAUUACAUCAGAAGCAUCAUACAUCAAUUCUUUAAAUGUUCUCGAGAAACAUUUUAUGUCUAGUCUAGAAGCAUAUGAUGAGUCUGUCCUGUCUAAAAAUGAUAGACGAACCUUAUUCUCUAAUCUAAUUCCAGUCAAAACUUGCUCAGAGCACUUCCUGGCUGAGCUGGAAAAGUGUUGGCAAGAUAAUAUCCUGCUGAAUGGCAUCUGUGACGUUGUCUACAAGCAUGCUAGUAAUAACUUCAGCGCAUAUGUCAAGUAUUGUUCAAAUCAGAUUUGCCUGGACAGGACGUUACGUGGGUUGAAGGAACAGAACACGAAGUUUUCAGAAGUCCUGUUGCAACUAGAAAGUAACGCUGUAUGUCAGUCUCUGUCCCUACACUCUUUCCUGAUGCUACCAAUGCAGCGCAUAACACGACUGCCGUUGCUUAUGGAUGCUCUUCUAACACGCCUGGAUCCAAAAGAUGAUGAAUAUAGCACUUGUCAACUGGCACUUGCUACUUUAAACAAAAUUGUACAGAACUGCAAUGAGGAUGCUCGUAGAAUGGAACGCAUGGAAGAGAUCCUGAUUCUUAGUCCACAGCUCUAUUUUCCAAAUGAAGUAAAGGCAAUACCCAUCAUUUCUAGCACUCGAUGGCUUGUCAAGAAGGGUGAGCUCACGCAGCUGGUCUGGAGAGGAGAUGAGGGUAAACUUACUUUUGGGAAGAAGUUUUCCAGAAUUCAAGUACACAUAUUCCUCUUCACAGACUUGCUGGUCAUCACUAAAAAGAAGAGAAGAACCACUCCAGAUGCUACUGGUGAUGAGUGCUACGCUGUAGUGGACUACUGCCCAAGGAACUUGGUUCAGAUGACAAGUGCUGAGGGAAUGACAAAUCUUCCUGUUAAGUUCACAUCUGAUGGUGGACGUAAUCUGAUGCUGCUCACAAUGCUACAGAAUCAUGAGAAGAAAACUGUUGAAAUGGUCUUGUCAUGUUCCAUGGAAUCAGAUCGGCAGCGAUGGCUGGAAGCGGUGAACCCCCCUGUCUCUGACAACCCUGAUGAGACUGUGUAUGAAGAAUGGGACUGCCCUCAAGUUACAGCCGUUCACCCCUAUGUAGCUCGCCAGCCAGAUGAACUUUCCCUAGAGGUGGCAGAUGUGGUCAAUGUGCUGAGGAAAAUCACGGAUGGUUGGUAUCAAGGGGAACGUAUUCGUGAUGGUGAGAGGGGUUGGUUUCCUGGCAAUCAUACUGUAGAAGUUUUAUCAGCUCAUGUAAGGGCACGCAACCUCAAACAGCGCUACAGAUUGCUUGCACUAUCAGGAAACUUCCUGGAGGCGCAGCGCAAGGAGAAACAGGCCAAGUGACUGAACAUAGCAUCGAGGUAAGAUUAUAUAACAUAAGCAAGAGAAAGUGACUUGUAAUGGUGUCUUUCGAAUUUUAUUGUGGAUGUUAUUGAACCGUAUUUGAGAAUGAGGUUUUAAACACAUUAAAAUGUGGAAUUGACUAAUUAAUGGUUGAAUCUUGAAGUUUGUCCUUCCAUAGGGCCAGAAAAAUGAGAACACUUAGAUCUGGAUGUCUGUGCAUAUGUAUGUUGGACACCUCUGGUUUCUCUGUAUUGGAUAGGGAUUAUUGGCGCUGUGUGUUGUUAAUAUAGAGGAAAGUAUCUGGCACAAAUGUCAUAUAAACAAAAUAAUGCAAGUACUAAGAUUCUGUCAGUAACUAAAGUUGCCUUUAUGAAGCAGGUAUUAUACAUUAUUUAUAUGUCGCACUCCCUAGUGAGACUCGCUGAUCUGGGAAGAGUAUUCUGAGAAGUUUUUCUUGUAUGUACUGCACUGGAUGUCUCUGAGAUUGAACAAGUUGUGGAUCAAACAGGUGCUUUGUUGGAAUGGCCUAAAAAUGAAGUUGCUGGACAGUGCUGCUGGGAAACAGGAAACAGAGUGACUAAUUGACUGGUACUGAAACUGUGGUUUUCCCAGGAGUUUCACCUGGAAUAGCUAUACUUUUAACCAUUUAAAGCCGCACAAAUGCAAUAAAAGGUCCUUGGUAUUAGUAUUUUAAAAUGUUUAGAAUAUUGCUAUUUUGAGAAUAUUUAUUCAUGCACUGUGAGAACCACUAUGUAGGCAGCUAGCAAAAUUUCAUUUUAAAAAAUCUCACAUAAGUAGCUUCAGGGAAAUGAUUAUUUGUAUAUCACAAUUUUGACACUCCUGGGGGGAAAGAAGAGUGUAGGAAGACAGCUAAAGAGAUGGCAUGAAAUGUGAACAGGUCAGAUUGCCUUAUACUUGACAGGAUGAUUAUGAUGAGUGUGAAGAUGGUUUCUGACACCAAAAGAUGUUGGUCAUGUUUCUGGCCCUCAGGAUUAGGUAGGAAUGAUGAGGAAUUGGUAGUCUGCAUUCCUCGUACAUAGGAAGAGUGAGGCACUACUGUAACAGAAUCAAGAUAUCAUGCAAGAAGUCUGUUCAGGUUUGUAUAUGAAGUGACUGAGGGCUAACAUUAUACACUUAGUGUUUAAACAAAAUACACAGUAAUCUUGAAGAAGAUUGUUGAUAAGCUUGCAAGCAUACAGGAGAGUGGAAAUGCUGAUCACAUACAGUUCAUGUCACAAGGACAUUUACCCAACUUCCUUAUGGUAGUUUCAGGUGAGGGGCUUAUAUAUUGUUUUAAAUAAUGAUGCUUAAAAGGAUGUUUUCAGUUUGCACCAGUUGAAUUUUGGUGUGUACUUUACUUUUACAAAUAAUUUAUAGUCUUGAGUUUAGUGACAUCUGUUCCCCAAAAUAAAGAGCCAGUUGUCAUCAGAGAAUGUUAGAAAU